AUGUCUCAAACCACCGUUAUUGGAGAUGACAAGACAUCCAGGUUAAUGCAGAUGAGGGCUGCUCAAAAAAGACUCAAAGAUAAAAGGAAAACCGAACAAAAUAUGCUUUCUUCCGAAUUGGAAACUUUAAAAGCACAAAAUGAUUUGUUAGCUAAGGAAAACAAGCGUCUUCAAAGACACAUCAAUAGUAUAUUCGGAUUACUAAAUAAUGGUGUUACUUCUGGUCAACUAAAGAGUCUAGCUAGUGUCACAGACUAUAAAUUCGAAGAUGAAGACGAAGCUUAUAUACCAUUACAUGAACUUUUAGAACUUAAUGGAUAUAAUAGGUUUAAGAAUUUGUUUGAUGGUGAGAAUAAUUUUGUUUUAAAGACCCUAUGUUUCAAAUCUAUUCAUUUGCAUAACAGAGCAUUCGCAAACUAUGAACCCAGCAAGUUUUUCACUUUCAUGUAUAAACAAAUGCCAAAAUACGGGUUAUCUUUGGUAGGGAAUUUCUUCAGGGACAUUCAAAAAGUUUACCAUGAAAAUCUUGUUCCUAAAUGUUGGUUUUAUCCUCGUGAUCAAAUGGAUAUCCCAUCUUACACAUUAUCAACUCCAGAGAUCAUCCAGGAGAUCAUUGAUAAAUUUGAUCCAGAUUCAAUGAAUCUCGAAGUUCUAAUAUCAUUCUUAGGUAGAGAAUCUUUUGUUACUGAUUAUGGUUUGGCAGUCCGUAGAGAGGAUCUUGAAAAUUGCUUUGAAAUUAGUUCAAUCUCGAAAUUCGGUGAAGCUUAUACUUUAGACUGCCUGAAUGCAGAUGCUUGUUUAGCUGCGGUUUUGAAAAACAUGAAACAAUCUACUGCUGCAACAGGAUACCUUCUUGACUCUCAAAAAAAAGUUUAG